ACAGGAGCGUGAAGAUUUAGUUAUGUGCAGCCAAUUGAAACAUUCGCCCGAUUACGAGGCUUUAAUUAAGAGACAACUGGAAAGGGAAAAUGUCGACGAACUUUCCGACCGACCAAAGAGUAUUUUAAAGAAGGAAGAAAAAAAUUACGAGCUUAAACAAGAUUUAGAAGACAGGAUAUCCUCUUUACGCAACGUACUGUCGCAAAGGGACAGAGAAGUUCACGAGUUACGCAAACAAUGUUCCAAGCUCGAGGCGGAAAUUGGUACUUUGAAAAAGGAGGCUGACCCCGGUUCUAUAGCUGCUUUUAAGAAGGUUAUUGCAGAUAAAGAGAGGCAAAUUGAAGAUUUAAAACGUACAAAAGACGAAGAUAGAAAUGAAAAGAAUUGCGAUACAAGUGAAAAAAGAUUUAAUGAAAUUUUAUUAGAAAAAGAAAAUCUAGCUACAGAAGUAUAUAGGCUUAAAAAAGAAUUAAAAGAAGGAUCUAUAAACUCAUACCAAGAAGAUAGAUUAAAAGAAUCGGAAAAUGACUUGGAAAUUGCUCAGAAUACGAUUAUUGCGGCGAGAAAUGAGAUCAAAGAACUACAAGAUAAAUUAUAUUCGGUUAAUGAUUGUUUAAAAACGUUAGAAAAUGAAAAAGAUGAUUUACGAAAAAAGAAUAAUUUAUUAAAAGAAGAAGUCGAUAGUAUUCGAUCGGAAAACGAUGCUUUCCAGAGAAAAACUCCAAUAAUCGCUCACGAUGUUAAUGUAACUUCGUGCAUUAAGGAAAUUGAUGAUUUAAGAACAGCUUUAAAGAAUUUAAGGGCAAAAAAUCACGAAUUAGUAGAAGAUAAUAUUCAAUUAUGUAAUACGAUAAAAGAUAUGCAAAGGUGUAGAUUUCUAUCUUCAGAAACUUCCAAUGAUGAUUUAGGCUUGACUAGCCGCUAUUCAGCUUGUAGUGAUUAUGAUUUUAACGAUUUUGGCGUGGUUCAAAGGUCGAGGUCAUUUGGUACUAUUAACGGUGACGCCGAUACAAAGGAGCCAAAAUUGAAUGGAAAGGAAAAAUGGCAUUCUGAAAGGCAAAUUGAAAGGAAGAUUAGGGAAAAUCUACCCGAAUACAAGCCAAUGUCGAAGAGACAACCUGACAUCGUUACAGAUGUUCUAGACGAUGUUGAAGCGGCUGAAACAAUCGAAAAUCAAUCGAGUAUUGAACAUGUUCAAGAGGACAAGGCGCCAUCUACUAGACCGGCUUCCACGAAUAAUUCUUGUAUAUCUGACGAAUGGACGCCACCUAGAGGAAAGACGAGAAAAAUGGAUUACCCCGAGUUCAAAGAGAAUUCCAACUUGAGGGGAACGAAUCAGAUUCAAACGAUUGAUGUUCAAAUGACAGACGACAGAAGGCGGCACUCGCGUCAGAAUUCGUUCAAUAGCGAUAGCACCGAUAUAAUAUUGGACGCAGCUCAACAGGUGUCCUUCCAAUCGUCUCUAGUGGAUACAAAUAUGGCACCCGAGCAAAUAAUUGAGUAUUCUCCUCCUGAAUCGCCUUCAACAUUAAGGACAACUCCAAUUCCGACUCAACACAAUAAACAUUUGUACAAACCACCAACAAACAACUUAUCAACCUUUUCAAAACGCCCUUUCGCUCCCCGAUCACCGGCGGAUAUUCAUAUCGACGACGUUGUUAAAUUCACAAGAAAUGGUGGUAAAAUUUCUCGAGGCCUGGUAAAAUUUAUUGGCCACUUACCAGGCAAAAAUGAUGUCUAUUUAGGGGUAGAAUUAGAAAAGGAAGAAGGACGACACGAUGGUAUUUUUCAAGGACACCGUUUUUUUAAUUGUAAACCAAAAAAAGGAGUAUUCGUAGCUUUUUCUAAAGUCAUAUUAGCCUGGGGAUUGUAG